CUGCAAUGACACGUAUUUGUGUACCAAAAAGUGCUAAAUCAUGGACUCAUUGAUCAAUGACUGGCGGAUUGACCACUGAUUUCGUCAUCCGAGUCGAGACUAUUCCAGAAAAUUGGACCACUUUUUGCAUAUAAGAGUGGAUUCUGUGUUCAAAUGAGCCAUUCAUUGAGCUAACGAUUGGACCAUUAGUUGAGCUCAUUAUUGAUCACAAAUAUAGCACUUAUUGUCCAUUAGUUUUGUAUGAAUUAUACAUAAAAGCAAUCAUUUGUUGGUUUGUUUCGUACGAUUGGAUCACGUCUUUGACGAUCACCACAAGAAGUGAUGGAAUUUCCAGAUUUGGGUCAACACUGCUCUCACAGUUCGUGCCAUCGAUUGGACUUCCUCCCCGUCCGCUGUGACCUGUGUUCGGGUGUCUUCUGCGCCGACCACUACUCCUACUCAUCGCACGGCUGCGAGAAGGGUCUCCAUCUGGACAAUCAGGUCCCGGUGUGUCCACUCUGUGACAAACCUGUGCCCAUCAAACGCGGGGAACUGCCGGACAUAAGGGUUGGCCAACACAUAGACCUCGACUGCGAGUCGGAUCCGGCGCUCAAGAAACGCAACCAAAUCUACCGAAACAAGUGUUGGGUUAAGGGAUGCAAACAGAAAGAGUUGGUUCCCUUGUUAUGCAACGACUGUCACCACAACUACUGCCUGAAGCACAGACACCCGGCCGACCACACCUGUGAGCCCACCCGUACAGCCCCGGCCGCCAGCGCCGUCUCGAUGGCCGGCUCUGCGGCGAUGAAACGCUUCGAGCAAAUGAAGACAAAUGUGACGCAAAGAGUGUCUCAGAUGUCGAGUCAGAUGUCCAUGAAGUCGAGCCCACAGUCCGUGAGAUCCCAUUCCAACGACGUCUUCGGCGUUCAGGGAAACUAUAGCGAAGACGAGGCCUUAGCGCGCGCUCUGCAGCAGUCGAUGUUAGAUGAGAACCAUUCCUCCGGUGCGACCAAUACUACUCAAUACGACAGAGAUUUGGCGAAAGCGAUUGAGGAGUCGCAGAGGAAUGCCGUCAGGAAUAAAGACAAAUGCAGUGUUUCUUGAGGUGUAGUCAUUAGUUAUAAUUAGAAAUCAAUUGUUUUUUCA